AUGCAGAGCACGAACCGGUGGCACAAGAGCCAUCGGUCCAUCAAGAUUCCGCAUGUCAAGCUACGACCUGCACCGCCAUCGAAGCGCACGCACGAUCCAGACGCUGAGGACGACGCGCAUUUCCGAAAGACGCGCGUGACGACGACAGCGCGCGCACAUACGCAUGCCGACUUUGUGGCGCACGCGCCACUCCAGCACGUCGUCUUGAGCUUUACCGGCAUACCCGACAAGCACGACCUGAUCCAAGUCGCAGAGCGGCUCGGCGCGCGUGUGUGCGGUGACCUCACUGUCGACGUGACGCACCUCAUUGCCCUCUCCGCCGGCUCGGACAAGUACCGCGCUGCCGUGCAGUUCCACAUGUGCGUCGUGCGCCCGGAAUGGCUGUACCUCGUACGUGAGGCAUGGCUGGCGGGCGACGACACAGUCGAUGUCGCGCAAUUGGCCGAGCAGUGCCGUCUGCUGCCUUUUGAGGGACUCGUGCUCGGCCUGACGGGCUUUGAUGCUCACGAGCGCGAUCGACUCGCGGCGCGCAUCGACGCCCUCGGCGGACAUGUCGCACCCCGCAUCGUAUGGGAUGGAUCGAUUACGCAUCUCGUGUGCGCACCGCCCUCAGAGGACCGCCACCGCAAGGGCCUCGAUCGCGUGCUCAUGUAUCGCGCCCUGCUCAGCGAGUGCCCCGACGCACCGCAUGUCCAGCACGCCGCACGCAUCCAUCUCGUGCAUCAUGUAUGGGUCGACGACUGCGAGCGCGCGCGCGUCCUGCUGCCAGAAUCAGCCUACGACGCUACAAGAGACGUGGACAGCGCCGACGCGCGUGCUCAGCGCGUGGCUUCGCUCCAGCCACGCGUCUUGGACCGCACACACAGCGACGCAGCACCGCCACCCGCGCCGCCUACGCCACCUGCUCCUGCCGCGCCUCGCCGGCGCACGUCCCUCUUGUCGUGGUCGCGCUCGGCCAGCUUCGACGCCCCGAGCCGCGAUCAGGGCCUAUGGGCUACGCACACGUUUCACAUCGAUAUGCACGACGCAGCACGGACGCGACGCGUCAUCCAUGUGGUGCGCAGUGCGGGCGGCCACGUCGUACCCAGCACCGACGAAGCCGAUUACGCGAUUGGUCCCUAUGUCCCCCCGGCACCGGGCCGGGCCCGGUGCUACGCCACACACCAUUGGAUCGAGCGGUGCCUGUACGACGAGGCCCUUGUCGACGUGCAUGCCCACCCGGCGUACCGUCCACCGACACGGCCGCUGCCGAUCCCCGAAGCGAAGGACUGGUGCAUCACACUCACCGGCAUGGACCGACAUGCCCCCACAUACCACCAUACCUGCGCCGUCAUUGAGGCCAUCGGCGCACGCGUAAGUGCCUCGCUUGCGCGGCACACUACGACGCACCUUUUGUGUGCGCCAGGCGCGCACACCAGCCUCAAGGCCCAAAAGGCCACCGAAUGGCAGAUUCCUCUCGUCGACCUGGCGUUCCUCGAGGCCCUCGUGCAUCCUGCGGCAGCCUCGCCGUCACGUCGUCGAGCACGCCCGACGCACCGCGCGGUCCUUGGGCACGAUGCGCGUCCCUCGAUCACCGAGGAGGCGCCGGUGGCCAGCGAGCCGGACAGGAUCGAGGCGCCUGCGCAGCCCAUGGUCCUGUACGACGACCCCGUCGCCCGUCGUGAGCAGUCCAAGCUCAUGGCCCUCGUGCAUGGCGAGCCUAGCCACCGCACACGAAAGAGCUAG